AUGAGAGAUGAAGGGUAUGUUGUUUCGCUUUGUUCUUUUCUUGUUCGAUUUGAACAUAAUAUUUUUAGCAGUUCCGAGUUCGUUUACAUACACAGCAUUUAAUACAGCAACAUAUUUUUUACUAGUUAUGACGGAACACAUUUCAUCAGUCAACUUGAAAUUGGCGUCGAAGAUCGACUCAAGAAGCGGGGUAAACCUCCCAGAAUGGUACGAUAUUUCUUCUAUUGUGGAUGGGCACACGCACUGAUCGUAAGUAUUAAAGAAGAUUUCAUAGUUGAAUCUUUAGUUACCAAGCGUGCAUGGUCUUCACGCAACAAAAUUUUUGCUUGAUUCUAGAAAAAUGGAGUUGGUCCUGAUAAUAGCGAAUAUGCUUUUCCAAGAGAAGUCCUACAAUUCCUGAGAUACAUCGCACCAGGUGAUAUCAAGGGAGAGAUAAGAGAAGUGAGUUUUUCUGACUUUUGUUUCCAGUUUGGGUUGGAAAAGUUGCCAAUAUUUAUGCAUGCAUGGGCCAUCAACCAUGUCUUUUACACAGAAUAUUAUAAAAUGCUUAUACCUAUCUCUUUCCCAAUUUUUAUAUUAACAUUUAUACAUGGAGACUUGGUCUGAAAAUAUGAAUGACAUGAAUAUGUUUACACUUUUCAAAAUUAAUGUUUUUUUACAAAAGAACAUAGUGUUUGCAAUUCAUAAUUAUUGAUAUUGUAUAUACAACUUUGACAGUAGAAUUGACUUCAUUAAUAGAUAUAUAAUAAAAAUAUCUUUAUACAUUGUACCCCUUCUUUAUAUUUUGAUUUGUAUUCUUUAUAUAGGAUGCAUACACUGUUCAGAUGGAUGACUUUUGUGAAACCUUGAAACUUCCAAAGUUGUGA